AUGCAUCUUAAAACCCUUUUGAGCGUAUUUGCUGUCCUGUGCUUGACCCUGGUUGCUGGCCAAGAACGAGACUGCGAUGAAAUUGCCCGGAGAUGUGAAUCCUGCGUGAGACGUCUGAAUAAUCCAAGCGAUCGCGAACUGCCCAACUUUAAUAGGCAGUGCAGAGAAAAGACCCAAAGGAAUUGGCGCUGGAGGAAUGUAGGACGUUGUGAGCUCUCCAGGUUGAGCUGCUUGGGUUGGGAGCGACGCAUGAGCUGCGCCGACGUUGCUGAAUUGGCUGGCAUGGAGCGCAGGAGGGACUGA